UUUUCUCAGGAGACAGGUCAGUGUAGCACUUACUGCCUUCGUGUACGGACGCGCCUCUUUUUCUCUUCAGGUUCCUUCAGGUUCUGUGGAAAGCUAUAUGGACAGAGGGUUUGCGUAGGAUAACGAAACGUAAAAAAAAGCCAGGAUGUCUUCCCCGGCGGCCCCCCCGUCGGGUACGCCCCUCAAGUACCCCCGCAGCGUCUUCUUCAUCCUCGUCGGCUACCUCCUGGAGCGCUUCGUGUACUACGGCCUCUUCGGGGGCGCCGUCUUCUACAUGCAGAGGAUGCUGGGUUUCACCUCCUCGUCGGCGUCUACAGUGAAGGCGGUGAUGGAGGGUCUCAUCUACCUCGCACCCAUUGCCGGGGCCGUCCUUGCGGAUACGUACCUAGGCAAGGCCCGGACAGUUUUCAUCAUGUGUUGCUGCUACACCGUGGGCGCUCUCAUCUACUCCCUGUCGUCUGCCACGCCCAUCAUGGCCAGUGUGGACGCAGCCAAGGCCACGGGCAUUGCAGGUCUGCUCGUGCUGGGCAUCGCAGCCGGUCUGAUGAAAGCCGUGUAUUCGUCCCUUGGCGCGGACCAGUUCAAGGUUCCUGAGCAAAGGGAGCAACAGCAGAGGUUCUUCUACGCCUUCUACUGGAUGAUCAACGCCGGAGCCCUCUUGGGCCAGUCCAUGACGGCGCAGCUCAGGGACAGCGUCCAGUGCUUCGGCGACGACUGCUACCUGCUGCCCUACCUCAUCCUCGUCGGCUUGAUGGUGGUCUCCACUACCAUCUUCGCGCUCGGAAGGUCCCGGUACAUCGAGGCGCCCCCGGACACCAUGCUUCUGCGCGCGAUGCGGUGCGUGAUGCACGCGGUGCGGCGCAAGUGGGACGGCGCGGACGACAAGGCGGCGCACUGGCUGGACCGCGCCCGCGACCGCUUCGACGCCGACCUCAUCCGCGACGUGAAGAUCACCCUGCGCGUGCUGCUCUUGUUCUGCACGUACCCACUGUUCUGGGCCUUGUUCUACCAGACGUCGACGGGCAUGAUCUUCCAGGCCAAGCGGCUCGACGGCCGCCUCGGGGAAUCCUACAGGAUCCCGCCCGAGAUGUCGUCCACCAUCAACCCGCUGCUCAUCCUCACGCUCAUCCCCCUCUUCGACCAGGUCAUCUACCCGCUCCUGGGGCGCCUCGGCGUCCUCACCUCCACCACCUCCAGGAUGAUCGUCGGAAUGGCCUUCGCCGUCUCCUCCUUCGUAGCCUACGCCAUCGUCAACACGUCCGUCGAACAGACGCUCAUUCCCUCCACCCACGCCCGCCUGCACGUCUACAACGCUCUCCCGUGCGAGGCCGCCCUCCACCUGCCCCCCGAGCUGCACCUCGUCGACGAGGACGGCGAAAGGUUGGCCAAGAAGGAGCACAUGAUCCCGCUCGCGGGCCAAGUCGCCCUCCCGAACGUCGAGGUCGGCGGCGCGCCACAGAAGGUGGAGGUCCAGGUCAGCAGAUCGUGCGCGGCCGGUAGCGCCUUGACGCCGGUGCAGGUCGUCCUCCUUGGGGCGCACGAGUCCUCGCUCGUCCUCACGGCCGCCGGCCCUCGACCUCUCGCACCCUCCCUCGAGUACCUCAAAAACGAGGACGCUGAAGCCAAGGUGCGAGUGAUCGUAGUCAAGGGCGACGUGGCGGAGGUCACCCUCAAGUACGAGACCCAGGAGGAAAAGUUCCCCAUCAAGGACGGCCUCUCCGAGUUCCAGAUUCUGAGUCCUCAGCCUUACGAGGUGCUGGUGAACGGCACGGGCGUGGUCGGGGCGGCCAGCGUCUUACAGGACGGCGUGUACGACGUGGUGGUGCUGGGCGGCGCGGGCGAGGACGAGGCCGUGCGCGUGUUCCCCGUGACCGCGCCUUCGUUGGUGCACAUGGGCUGGCUUUUCCCGCAGUACUUCCUGCUAACGGUGGGCGAGAUCCUGUUCUCCGUGUCGGGCAUGGACUUCGCGUACUCGGAGGCGCCGGCAGCCAUGAAGUCCAUCCUGCAGGCGGCCAAUCUGUUCACCAUCACCGUGGGCCUGUGGCUGUUCGCCGGCCUGAAGGCCAUCAGCUCCGUCACCAGGGCCUUCGAGCACCGCGCGUCCCACGAGGCGCUGCUCUACGCUGGCCUCAUGGCCGCCAACACCAUCAUCUUCACGCUGCUCCUCCGCUGGUACAACUCGUACUUCCUGCUAACGGUGGGCGAGAUCCUGUUCUCCGUGUCGGGCAUGGACUUCGCGUACUCGGAGGCGCCGGCAGCCAUGAAGUCCAUCCUGCAGGCGGCCAAUCUGUUCACCAUCACCGUGGGCCUGUGGCUGUUCGCCGGCCUGAAGGCCAUCAGCUCCGUCACCAGGGCCUUCGAGCACCGCGCGUCCCACGAGGCGCUGCUCUACGCUGGCCUCAUGGCCGCCAACACCAUCAUCUUCACGCUGCUCCUCCGCUGGUACAACUCGGUGCCGAAAGAGACCGCGCCGGCGGAGAAGGGCGAGGAGAGGAAGAACGAAGAGAAGAGAGCGGAGGCAGGAGCGAGUGAGAAGGACGCUCACGACAAUCCUGGUUUCGUUGAGGACCACGCCGUGUGA